AUGGCUGCACGUAAACCAUGGGAAACAUCAGUACCAAUGUCAAGUCAACCAAUGCCAACUUCAUUUGACACAAUCAAUAGUGGCAUGUUGCCAACGAUUGAAAAUCCACGCACAUUAGGUGUAGCACCUCCUCCUCCACCUCGAUCCAUUCAACAGCAACAGCAACAACAGCAACUUGGCAUGUAUGCUCCAACAAGCUAUCUUAGUCCUUAUUCAUUAAAUCCGUACCAAACUGGAGGCUUUUAUAAUAAUUAUCGUUUUUCACCGUACGGCGCACAGUCGAAUAUUCCAGUUAGUAAUUUUUCUCAAUUAGCCAUUGAUGAAUCGCGUUCGGCAUUUUCAUCAAUCGAAUCUAUAAUACAGGCAUUUCGUUCGAUAUCAAUGAUGCUCGAAUCAACAUUUACAAGUGUUUAUUCAUCAUUCCGUGCUGUCACUGAUGUAUUGGAUAAUUUUACACGAAUACGAAGUCAAAUAUCAGCAAUCUAUCCACUUGUUUUAUUAUGGAGAUUUCUAAAAUAUCUUUAUCAUCGUUUGUUGCGUUUACUUCAUUUACGACACGCUACGCACGGAAGUACAGAAGAAACAUGGUCAGCUAUUUAUAAUAGUCUACAACAAACUACAACUAAUUUGAAUGAACAAGCAACAGCAUCAUCGUCAUCUUCUGGUUUACUCGUUGCACUAUUUUUUCUUGUUUCAUUUGGUACACCUAUGUUGAUGCUAAAAUUUAUUAAUUCUAUUAUUCAGAAAAGACAAGGUGCUAAUACUCAUUGGUUAGAACAAGAAUCAAAUCAAUCCCGUGUGGUAGCUACAUAUGAUUAUGUAGCGAGAAAUUCUGAUGAAUUAUCGUUUACAAGAGGAACGCCUAUUUAUUUAGCGCCUAUCUCUUUACAAUCAACAUCAUCACAUUGGUUUUUGGGUACAAUUGAUCACAUUCAUACAGGUCUUAUUCCGGCUAAUUAUGUUCAACCAGUUCGACAAUCGACAAAUUCUAGUAUUAAUCUUCAUCCACAGACACCAUUCAAUUCUACGUCAACUGCUUCUCCUCCUGCACCACUUCCAUCAUCAACAUCAACUUUUAGUGUUGAGGAAAAGCCAACGUUAUCUUAA